UUUAUCCCUCCUCUGGGCACCGCGUAUCCCGGGAUACCCUGGCUGAACUGGCAGGGAACGGGCAGGGAAAGGCAGCGCGGUUUUAUCCAUCCCCUGGGCUCGUGGGCGAUGAUCUCUGCGUCACUCACCGAGCUAAUUAAGAGCUGAUUAGCGAUCAGCAGCUGAAGGGCAGGCCUCUGAGGUUGUACACUUGCUUGCGGGACCAGAGCAGCGCCAACGCAGCCCCGCUCCCCCAGCUCUGGCAAAGGCCGAGCCCACGCCGGACCGGGACCCCCGAGAUGCCACGGGGAGGGCGAGAGGGAUGAGGAGCACCCGGGACCUUGCACAAGCUGCCUUCAGCUCGCCGAGCGGCUUCGCCAGCCAAGGAAGCUUUUUUCCCAAGUGUUUUCUUUGGCUUAGAGAGUACAGCGUGCCCGGCAGCCCUCGCAGGUCGCGUCGGGGGCCAGCGUGUCCCCAGGGGCCGGGAUGUGGCGUGCCAACCCCCCGGGAGCUGCAGCCCUGGCUGUACCUGCCCUGGCACACCUGUGCCCAAAUCCCUCCGGCAGCACCGCGGCUGCCCGGAGGGGGAAGGAGCCGGAGAAUUGCAGAUUCCCGGCGCUGCCUCUGCCUGGAACCCACCUCUCCAGACCCCGAGGGGCUCCUGGGCACAGAUUUGGGGUGCUGGGAGCCUUGGGGCACCCCAGGAAUUGCGGCAGGGAUGGGCAGAAUGGGCUGAGCUGCCUGUCCCAAACCCUCUCAGCCGGCUUGGAAAUACAACCGGCUCCCAGACCUCGCUGUUCCCACCAGGAUCAGCAGCCCCUGCACAACCCUCGACGGUUCCCAGCUCCUGCUCAGCCCCAGAGUUCGCUGUGGAAAUCUCCUGACCUGUGAAAUAGAACCAGCAGAGCAUUGCUUCCCCCUCGGGUGGGGCAAAGCCCCCCAGCCCCUCGGUAGCAGAGCGGCCCCUCACCACCCCCACUGCCCCAGCUGAGCCAAAAUAUGCCCGGGGCCAGCACGAAGCUGCCGAGUUCCUGUUUGGAAGCCGCUCCUGCCGGGGUUGGUACCUGCACACGGGGUCACCAGCGCUGGGCUUGUUGUUGUGAGCCCCGACUUAUCAGUGCCCUGGCGCUUCCCCGCUCCCCGUGCCUUCCUUCCGAGCCAAUUGUUGAUCCCGCAGUCUUGGCUGAGCUGGAAAAAAGGAGAUUUCCUGCAAUUGUUUCGCAGGACUUGCAGCACCAUGCAAAAUUUUCUGCCUAUCAGCCCCCUCCCCAGCGCCGGGGCAAGGAUUGAGCCCCCUGGCUUCCCCUGCCAGACCGCGGGGCAAUCAAGGCUCUGUGAUUAAUUGCUGCCUGGCCAGAGGUGCUUCUCUGGCGACAUCCGUCUGCCACCGGCUCCUGCGGGAGCGCUGCCCGGGCAGAGAGUUCAGCUUUCAGCCCUUUUCCCCCGAAAAACCCCUGAUCUCACCCUGACAUCGAGGCGGCAUCAAGGACAGCUUUGUCACUUUUGUUAUAACCCACCCCAGCCCCUCAGGAUUCCCAGAGCUGGGGCAGGACCUGGGAUGUAUUUUCCCCACAGAAGGAUCCAGGCAGGACCCAACCUCUUAUCCCAGCGGGGUGACAGUGGAGGGGACACUCGGGAAGCCUCGGGGACCCCCGUCCACCCCCAGGCACCUGCGGCUUCCACACCGACACCUGCCCGGGGCCUCCCCGCGCCCGUCCCCACCCUGCGGCAAAAUCAAACGGGAGCCGAGUCCCGGCGCUGGAAAUCCAGGGAAAUGUCACCCUCGCUGGGCUGUCUCAGGAUGUUGCACCACGACGGUCAUUUCCUGCCCAGCGAGCGGCCACCAAGCCCACCCCAGCUCCGUGCCCAGAGGCGCCUGAGCUGCCGAGCCGAGAGGAUCCCCCCGCUCCCGAGCAGCCCCAGCGCAGCCCUCGCUCAGCCGCCGCCACCAGGAUGGCCGAGGUGACCACUGUCCCCAUGGAGACACACACUGUCCCCAGUGAGUACGGGGACUACCACAACCUGUCCGAGCUGUUCUACCUCCUGAACCACACCUACACCUACUGCGAGUUCAGCCUGGACGAGAACAUCAAGCGAGUGGUUCUCUUCAUCCUCUACCUGGUCAUCUUCGUGGUGGGCUUGGUGGAGAACCUCCUCGUCAUCUGGGUCAACUGGCAGACCCGGGGCAACAAGAGCUUGGUCAACCUGUACAUCAUCAACAUGGCCGUCGCCGACCUCGGCGUGCUGCUCUCGCUGCCCAUCUGGAUGCUGGAGGUGAUGCUGGAUUACACCUGGCUCUGGGGCAGCUUCCUCUGCCGCUUCACCCACUACUUCUACUUCGCCAACAUGUACGCCAGCAUCUUCUUCCUCACCUGCCUGAGCGUGGAUCGCUACGUGACCCUGACCAGCUCCUCCCUCUUCUGGCACCGGCACCAGCACCGCGCGCGCCGCGUGGUCUGCGCCUGCAGCUGGGUCCUGGCCGCCGCCAUCCCCGUGCUGGAGGUGGCUCACAUGCAGCUGGUCAACACCGGGGAGCCCAUCUGCAUCUUCAUGGCCCCCUUCGAGACCUACGACGAGUGGGCGCUGGCGGUCAGCUUGGCCACCACGGCCAUCGGCUUCCUCAUCCCCUUCCCCGUCAUGGCGGUGUUCAACGUGCUGACGGCGCGGUUCCUCCGGCGCGCCAAGCCGGAGAGCCGCAAGCACUGCCUGCUGAUCUACGCCUACAUCGGGGUGUUCCUGCUCAGCUGGCUGCCCUUCCACGCCGUGCUGACGCUGCUCACCCUCGAGGGCAACCACAUCAUCCUGCACUGCACCUUCGCCCACUUGCUCUACUUCUUCUACGACAUCAUCGACUGCUUCACGCUGCUCCACUGCGUCGUCAACCCCAUCCUCUACAACUUCCUCAGCAAGAACUUCCGCAGCAAGCUCAUCUCUGCUGUGGUCAAGUACAUCCCCAAGGACCACGCUGGCCAGAAGGGCGCUGGCAAUUCCUCCUCCAGCACGCAGCACUCCAUAGUCAUCGCCAAGGACAACGGCCCUCCCAACUAAGGGGGGUCAGACUCUCCCUGUCUCCGUCGUGCUGGCUCCCUGGGGACAGUGGGAUUGGUUUUCCUGCUGCUGAGGACACGAUUUGCUUGGGCACAGCCCUUCUUGGCUGGGCACCUCCCGUGCGAGC